AUGGUACCAAGUACACUUUUAUGGGAAGUUCGACCGUAUAAAUCAUGGGAUAAAUUAGAUUAUACGUUAAUCACAGAAGAAACUCCUGCAUAUGACAGUGGUGUUCCACAUUGUGGGCUAAUGCAAUCGAUUAUAUACAUUUCAAUCUAUGAUCAUGCAUUUUUAUCUCUCGAUCCAAGAACACGUGAUUUUAAAGUCAUACAAAAUCCGCCAUAUGAUUCAAUAGAUGGUAAUAACCGUAAAACAAAUGGAGUUUACAAUAUUGGACUUUCUUUUCAGCAAAGAUAUCCACAAUUUGGCCAUCUAAUUCAUGAUAUGCUCUGUUGCUUAUCAUAUAUUCCACAAGAAGUCAUUGAUCAAGGAUGUGUGGCUCCUGGACCAUGGAGUGGACCUCAUUCUGCUAUUCAAUGGAUUGCUUUUCUAAAAUGGAAUAUUACUUUGAUCGACGGAUAUACGCAUUUACAGGUUUACGUUAACCAGCUUUGGUCUGUUAAUCCUACAUUUCACUCUCAUCAUGCAACACUUGGAGGAAUUCCGAAUUUGAGGAGGAGAAUCAGAAAUAUCUAUCCAAUCGAAGAAAUUCCUGCUAAAAGAUUUGUUAUUCUCAAGAGAACAGGCAGAAGAGCCAUGUCCAACUACGAUGCACUCGUUGCUUCAAUAAAACAAAAUGUAAUAAUCGAUGAAGGAAUGAAAUGGGAGGAUUUGCCAUUUGACUCCAGCAAUCUGACCCAAGUAUGUUUCGAAUGGGCUACUUAUAAGGUCGUUGUGACCGUAAGUGGUUCAAUGUGUUAUAAUUCUCUUUUCAUGCACAAAAAUACAGGAUUUUGUCUCUCAUUUUCGAGAAAACUAGAUGAUCCUAACAUCCAUCUCUUCAUUGCAUCAGAAAUUUUCAUGGCCGGUGUAAUUCAUUUGAAUUGUGACCACAAUGCUGAUCGUCCUUUUGAAUGCGACAUUGAGAAGAUGACCAAACAUACACAACAAGUAGUUUGGGCCGUUCAAAAAGGAAAAUGGGGCAAUAGGGAAGGUUUGAGACAGUUUUACAACUUAACUGAACUGAAAGAAUGCCCUAAACACAAAAUCAAACCUAUCUAUAUUGAUAGAUUUACGGAAUACGAGACUUAG